UUAUUUAGUUCAUUGCGUGUAAACAGCUUUGUGCAGAUGAAUACUGUCAUUAUAAAAUUAGCAGGUAUUGCAUUACUUUAUUUUUAUCUAAUUAAUAAGACAAUACUGAGUUAUAAAAAAAUUUCCGCUUGCAAAUUAUAACGCUGAAUGACAACUGAGGUUAUUAGCUUAUUGCUCGACAAAAAUUAACGCAGUACAGUGAAAAAGAGGGGACAGAGUAUGUAUAUAUGUAUGAUAUAUACAAGAAAGCAAAGCACGCGGCUACGAAUAGUACGAAUAGAACAAAAAUAGACAGAGUCGGAGAGCGAGAAAGAGUAUGUACCUAAACGCCAGCGGCAAGACAACAGCAAUACUUGCUUUCUGUUCUCUCCUCUUCAAGUCGCGCGCGCAGUCAUUGUUUCGCUUGACUUGACGAUCGAGAGGACGAUCAAAGAAAAAUGGAUGGUGGCCCAUUAGACGAGUAUCCAAAGAAAAUGAACAGCACUUACGAUGAUGAAGAAGAAAAGAAGCAUUUUCAAAGAAUCGUUACAGCAUUCAAGUAUUACAAACCACAUUCAUUACAAAGAGUGAAGAAAACUGAAACAUAUCUUCUGUCACUUCCUCCACAUCACCAAACACUACUUAGCAAGUACAGGGAUCAUCUCAAUAGAGUCAAAACUUGUAUUGAAAAUAAUGAUGAAAUUAUCAAACUUAUAAUAAAAGAUGUUACACAUAUUUUUGAGAAUGUCAGCCCAGCCUCAACCACUGACAAUGUAAGACCAGUUCCUAUGACUCUCACUCAUCGUCCAAUAUUAGCAGAUCAAGAAAAGGUUCAGGCUACGAUAAAGCAGCUGGUGAGAGAUUGGAGUAUCGAAGGAGCUGAAGAGCGGAAAACCUGCUAUCAGCCCAUCAUUGAUGAAAUUGUUAACCAAUUUCCAGAGCCCCAUUGGUAUGGUACACCAGGGGAUAUCCGAAUUCUGGUACCCGGAGCUGGACUUGGGAGGCUUGCCUAUGAGAUUGCCAAGAGAGGUUUUAUUUGCCAGGGGAAUGAAUUCUCUCUUUUCAUGCUCUUUGCAUCGCAUUUUGUACUGAAUAAGUGCAGAGGAAUAAAUUAUUACAAAGUUCAUCCAUGGGUUCAUCAAUAUAUGAAUAAUCUGAAACCAGAAGAUCAAAUAAAAGAAAUCAGCUUUCCAGAUGUUAAUCCGAGUGAUCUCCCUGAAAAUGCACAAUUUUCUAUGGCAGCAGGAGAUUUUUUACAGGUUUAUACAGAAGAAAGUUAUUGGGAUUGCGUCGCUACGUGCUUCUUCAUUGAUUGCGCAAAUAACAUAGUACAAUUUAUUGAGACCAUUUAUAAAAUAUUGAAGCCAGGUGGUAUUUGGAUUAAUUUGGGUCCACUUUUGUAUCAUUUUUCUGAUCUGCCGAUGGAAGAAUCAAUUGAACCAAGCUAUAACGAACUACUUGACGUAAUACGAGGCCUUGGCUUUCAGAUACAGAAGGAGCAAACGCACGUAAAAACACGAUACGCACAAAACGUCAACAGCAUGUUGCAGUAUGAGUAUAAUAGCGUUUAUUUUGUUUGCCAAAAGCCAAAAAGGCUGUAUACAGAUGAUCAAGCAAUGAGCCAAUACAAUGGUUCAGAUAAUAAUGGACUGCAAGAACAAGAAAGUUAGUUAUUUAUCUGGUUGUGUCUUACUCUCAAGGAUAAUUGAAAGAACAUAUAUUUAUAUUUUUCAACUUUUGGACUGUUGCGUUUAUACAUUCUUUUAUUUUUAAAUACAAUUUUUUCUAUGCUAUAUGCAACUUGAUAUGAAUCCAUCUUCAAUUUCUUUAAUUUCAUCACGUUGAUUAAAAGUUAAAAAGCAAAAAUAAUAAUUAUUGGAUUAAAUGCAAUCAAUUGUUUCGAAAUGUCCUUGACGAGGGUAAAUGUGAUUUAGCAUAAUCAUUAAUUUUUUACUGUUGCAUUAUCGAUCGACAUAAAUAAAUUGUACUAAUAAGUUUGAAAGUAUACACAGCUUUCACUAAAACAGGGAAUAAAAUAUUUCCUUCCGUACAGAUAAUUAAAUUAUUUUGAUAAAUACUCGUGGAUAGUCUAUGUAAUACAAUACGUUAUCCAAUAAAUAUUUAUAUAUAUACUAUAUACUAUACUUGUAAAGUACAAAUUUUGUGAAGAGCAAAAUACACAAUGCAUAGUACUCUAGCAGUAUUUAUAAAAUUGAAGAAACUUGUAAUAUGUUUACAUAUGCAAAGUAUUUUUGAAAUAUUGAUUGGUAACAAGAAUAUUCUAAUUCAAUUUUACUUAAGAUCGAUGAUGCACUUUCAUAAGUAGUGCCUUUUAUAUGUUCUCAUUUUUAUGCAAAUAUUUUUUUGUUAUUGAAAAACAGAAAAGAUAUAUUUGUAUAAUGUAAAAUAUUUAAAAGGACUUGGCUAAUAAUGUUUUAAUAAUCCAGUUUUGAAGAAUCAAUCGAGAAAAUUUUUCACCUAAUACUAAAAGAACUGCACAAUGUUUCAUUGUUAGAAAUAAUAUUGUUUCAACAAAUAAAAAUAAAAUAUGUA